AUGCCUAAGAACACCAUUACUAACAGAAUGCAAGCUUUCAUAGUGACUUUAAUUGGAGCAGGAUAUUUAGGAUUCAGUCUGAUUGAAUUACCCCAUGAUAAACUAAUUCAUUUCAUAACAUUCUUUUUAUUGACAUUAGAAUUCUUCUUUAUCUUCCAAACUAAGAAAAUUAAACAGUUGAUUUAUAUCACAUUCAUAAUUUGUACUUUAGGAGGAAGUAUUGCACUGGAAUUUUUACAGAAUUUUAUCAAUCCUAGUAGAAUUUUCGAUAUUAAUGAUAUAUUCUAUAAUGUGGGUGGUAGCAUAGUUGCAUUAAUCAUAAGCGGAGUGAGUCUGUCAUGGAAUAGACGUAGAAGAUAUAAAAGACUUGAUAGAGAGGAUGUGGAAACUGAAGAAUAUAUCAACAUCAACAUGCAAGACAUACCAAGAGAUACUUAA